CGUCGCCCGAGAUGUACUAACUCCCUAUUUCCACCAACUCGCUCUCAUGGGCUUUUGGCGGAACUUCAUUAAUUUCAAGGUUUUUGGCGUGAAACCCUGAACAGUUUGAACUCUCAGGAUUUCCGGAGCUCGACAGAAACACCAUCUUCCUCGGGAUCCUAUUUACUAUUUACGCAAGGUAAGGAGAAAGAAAUUAUUUAAAAUACAGUGUUGUUUUUAUCUCAUUUUCUGAACGUUUGUGCUCAUUACAAAGUCAAACUUUGUCUCGUGUAUAUUGACGGUCAAACAAUCGUCCGGAUACUCGACAGAGCAGAAGAAUGAGUAAUUUCUUAAUUCGUCUUGUGGUUAAGUCCUAGCACCUUUGAUCUCUCUAGGAAAAACACUGUGUUAGUGCUUGACCGAUGUAAGAUGUUUUGACUUUCCUAACAUCCUAAUUUAAUGUUCAAUUCCCCUGCAGGGCUUGACGUCAAGGCGAAGGUGGCCCGCACGUCUUCUGAUCUACUCGAGUAAAAGGCAUAUUUUACCGCUAGAAAAUGGUUCUAGCAUUUCAUCGCCGGAGUGGUUUUCUCGCCGUCUUUAUUCUUGCCGGAAUUUCUGCGAUUGAAUCUCAACAAUCUGGAAGUAGGUUUGUGUGACAAACCUUACGUACAUCUCUAGAUUGUGUUUCUUUUGUGCGUUUUAUGAAUGCGUUUUAUCAUCAUAGAAUUCAGACACUGAGACAGGUCAUGCCGCUUAAGAUUCUCAGUGAAAUGUUUGAUCGAUGAGUAACGCGCCAAAGCAGAAUUUUGAUGUUAAAAACGAAGUCCCCGUUUUAAGUCGAGUGAGACUCUCCUCUGAUAGUCAAAUGUGUUCGAAUCUUACCAAAGAAAAGUGUUACAAUUUUAUGCGCGAAUUUUUGGUUCGCUUUUAAACCUUAUCGGCUCUUUGUUGCGUCUCAAAUUUUGUUAUCGCACACAGGUAGUGGCAGUAAUAAUAUUUAUUGAAAAAACUUAGACAUAUGUUUCCCAGCGUGAUUUUGACAGUCAUCCAACAGUGGGAUCCUUGGAGGCAACUAUCGAAAAUGAUUUCGAUUACCCAAUUUAUUUAAAAGUUUUAAAGAAAGGCAUGGUAGAAAUUUAAGUUAUUGUGCUCUUCAUCGUCCAGAACUCUUGAUUCUUUGCUACAAUACUUCUUCGUGAACAUUCGAUCAACAAUGGGUUCGUUUGCAAAGUAGUGCGUGAAAUUUCAAUAGCUUUGUUCAAUAUUGGUUUACAAUACAAACGGAUUGUUGUUGAUUUUUUACACCAUGAUGUAGCGGAGUAACCGGAAAGUUCGAACACGGGUUAAUUUUGAGGUACUGUCAGAAUCCAAGGCUUCUUGGUGCAAGUUGCAUCUGAAAGAGCACGUACACAUUAUAUUUUCUCAACAUGACCUCUAAAAAAAAAGACACAAAUAGCAUACAAGCCGGAAUUUCGCGGGUCGUGUUACAAUUUUUGGUUCGAUUUCAGCUCAAUUUCCUAAUUUAUUGCGAUAUUAGCAAAUUUUUAUAUCAUUCCGUCGCCGUUUCGUUCUAAUCGUUUGAGUUAAUUUGCAGUUGUGGCGAAAACAAAAAAUUAAAGGACUUUGAUAUUUAACAAUUGAUUGGUCGACUGAAAAGCUUAGUCAUUCGUUUAAUAAUGCUAAAUAUUCACAGUAUUUUUUUAUUUGAACAAAAAUUAGCUCUCGUUCCAUUCUCUUUCAUUGCAAUCAAUAAAAAAAGCUUCAGAACAGAUCUUGCAGACGCCAGCAAUCGAAAUUAUUCAAGAACUUUUUCAGCUGGGUCAGUUUUGGGAGGAAAAUUUGCAUAUUUCCAUCGAGCCCACUCUAAAAUCAUGCAGGAUCAUGAUUUGCCUCUAGCUAUCGAGAAAAGCCACACAUCUAGCGGUCUCUCUGAUCUCGUGUUGUUCCAUUAAAGUGGUUGAAUCUUUAUUCACAAUAAAUGAUACAAGAGCACAGCCUGCAACAAACGUGCAAGGUAUAUAAAUGUGUUAAUAAAUAAGAAUAGAAACUGUGGUGAGCAAUAAAUAGUACUAAAAGCCCUUAUAUGAAAGCUCUCUUAAAUCGGCCAUGUCUAACGUAAGUUCCCUUUUUUGUGCGGCGAAGAGCCGAAGAUCAUGGAGGCUUUGAUAGGAAUCCUGGUGAUCUUCUCCCUCAGUGGUCAUCAUCACCUUCGUGUUUUACUUUUUAUUUCCUUUCAAAAAUUGAAGAAUAACAAUUAAACGGGCUGAUCAAAAAAUUGGUGUCGGUCUCUAUAUGGGAAGUAAGAGAAGUGAAAUGUUUAUCUCAGUUGGUCUACUUACCACAUUGAGCGAACUCAAGCAUCAGUGGAAGAUCAGCGCGCAGGUGCGUGUGCGUCCUCAUCCAUCCCCCCCAAACAAAUGUCGUCAACAGGGCUCGUGCCCGGUCACAAUUGUUCUUUCUAAAAGUAAUCUUCUCAAAGUGGGUAAUAUGUCCUGUAUGAAAUUGAAUUUGGUUAUUUUUAAAACGGUCUGGGUCGACAUUGAUACACUUUAUGUUGUUAAUUUUAUAAACAAAAAAAAAGCACAAAUUAAACGCGAAAACAUCGAUGGCUGAAGAAACUCGUGCGAAACCGGUUGACGUGUGUUCAUUUCCAGUCUCCUUGUGUGAAAUAAAAAUUUUAUCAAAAGCACGAUUUAACUUUAAUUUAUUGCUUGAUGCCUGCCACUUUUUUACUAGUUCUAUGUAGGGUAACACCGCUUGUUUCUUCCUUUUUUUGCGUCAGUAUGACGCCACGGCAAUUCCAGUUUUUGUCAGAACAUAAUUUGUCGUGUUGAUGACGCAAAGACUCGGCCACGAUCGAACCCUGGCAGUGACACAGUCCUUUAUGGUUACCGCCACAGAUUAAAUGCCAAUUAUUUUUUUUCUGAGAAUUUAUUCGCUGGUAAGCACACAAGGAAUAAGUGUUACUAAAAUUCUUUCUUUGACACAACAAAUACAAUACGCAGUACACUUUUUUCUCCAGACUUUAGAGUUGCGCAGCAACUGUCAUCUUUGAAAAUAAAACUGAGCGUUGUAGUGUAAAUAUUUUAUAGUAUGAAGCCUUUUACUCCUUUCGUCUAAAUGUUCAAGAUUACUAGCUGUGAAAAAACAACUUCCUCAAAUUGACUUUUGCAAAAACCUGUUUUUUAAAAACCGGCAGCUCGCUGGGUGAAGGAAAAUGCAUGAUUUUCCUGGCUCCUCAUCCACUAUAAUUUUUUAUUUUAAACGGGAUACGUCAUGACUUGACAUGUCACGCACGAUCAUCAAGAAUCGAAAACAAGUGACACGAACGGGCCGUUUGCGGCCUUUGCUGUUGAGUUUUAUACGAUCUGUGACCAAAAACCCUGUGGUCGUCGACUUAUGCCGCCACGCGCUCUGCUUCUUGUCAAUUACGAUGGGAAACAACACACUUAGAUGACACCUAGUUGGCGAACACGUAGCAUGACAUAGCCCCUUUAAUUAACAAUUCACGUCAAACCUGGAGGUGCCCCUGAUAUUCCAAUGAUAAGAAGUAUAUAGGGCUAAAGUCAGUCUUUUCUCUUCCUUUGCAGUUGCGCCUGAUUUAAGGAAAUCUUCUCCUCCAAGGGUCGUGAAACCAGUAGGACAAGAGGAGGUGAAACUGGUGUGCAAUGUGAAAUACGCUAAAAACUACACUUGGUAUAAGAAUCAUAAAAAGAUUCAUCAGCCGGCUGAUCGAUAUGUUGUCAAAACUCCGCGGUAUUUGCGAAUAACAGACGUUCUUAAAUCGGACAGUGGAACGUUUGUUUGUAUUGCUUCCAACAAAUAUGGAACAGUAAAUUGCACAAUAAGGCUGAUUGUUGAAGGUAAGAGCUUAGAGGAAUUGUCUGCAAACUGAAAAUUUUUGUAAUUUUCCCUUUAUUGGUGGGAGAAAGGAGUGGGGGAGAAAGAGAGAAAGAGACGUAAAGGCACUUUUGUAACCUCAUUGUGGAACUUAUGUAACCUAAAAUGGCACUUCUGUAACUUUUGUAGCACUUGCGUAACGUAUGGCACCACUGUAACUUGGCACUCAUAUAACUUUGUGCCACUAAUGUAACUUUUGUGGCACUUGUGUAACUUUGUGGCACUUUUUGGUAACGCCAUAUUAUGAAGGAAAGGAACUGCAUCGUUACCGUCUUAUCAGAAAUAUGUGAAUGUAGCAACGCUGUCAGAUAUUCCACGACACUACAUUGCAUGAUAUAUUUUGUCGUUAAAAGCAAAGGCUUCCUGAACCCAUGUAGCAAGACCGAACUAUUGUCUGCAGAUUUCAUCGCCAUAAAAGAACUCCUCGGUAUGCAUUGUGCAACCUUACGAGGCAAAAUGUUACGCGUCGUUUACCACACGAACAUACAACAAAAUGACGGCCUUUUCUACAUGGUUUUGCUUGCAAGAGCAGCAAAUCAUCGUUAUUCUCAACCAAUGAAUUGCGUUAGUGAGGCUUGGGGGUGAAUUUUAAGUACAUGAGGUCAUCAUGCAUAAGGCUUAUCGAUUACUUCACGAGUCCCAUAUCAUUAUUCCUAGACAGGGACGGUUGCUUCUUAUGAAAUGAAAUCUCUUUCGCUAUUUCAAGUCGUCGAGAUAAUAUCAAAGUUCAUUUCUAUUGAUCUCGUUUUCUCUUCUGUACAGCCGCUUCAUUGACGCUACUGGCUACACCAUCUAUUUACCCCAAAUGCAGACAGGGAAGAGAGGAAAUUUGUCCUCCUACUGCAGAUAUUUUAUUUUAAUACAAAUUCAAUAUUCGAAACAAUUAUUUGAAUUGAAAUAACGUAACGCUGCACGCGGUCGAGUGGGUAGUCAGUAACUUACAAACUCAACGCGUUACUUAGCAAACACGACAAGUUUACCAAUGUUUUAUUCUUGUGGGCUCGACAACUAAGAAUAAAACAGUCUGACUUUCUUGAAAACUCACAACCGAACAUUUCCCUUACAAUAUAAUGUGGAUGUCCAGAUGGUGCACGCCCUUAAAAAGCGGUUUAUAACGUAACGCUUCAUAGAGAGGUGGGGAGGGAGUAACUGACAAACUCAACACAUUAUUCUCUACCAUCUCGGUUUCCAAAAGUAUGAACAAACAUAACAUUAAACAACGUCUUAUGCAGUUCUUCGUUUGCCAAUCGCUUCAAAAUUGCACGCUUAGAAAUUGGCGCUCCUUCAAUCAUAUCUUGAAAUAAAUCAAUGAGUUUUUUAGCAUGGCUGUCGCUAAAUAUGCCUUUAGAUCUUUCAGUCGUAUUCGUGGACUUAUGGCUGCUUGUGUCUUCAAACAUUCUACCGACACGAAUGGCACAGUUUCUUCUUAAAUAGGUAAUGGAGUAAUGUCAUCAGCUUGCCAGGCUGUUUGGGAACUGUAACGCCAUUCCGCACGGAUCCUGUCUUAUACUCUUUUUGGACUUUCUUUGCACAAUAUCGGGUCAGACUGGAUUUUUUCUCGAACCAAAGACAUGGUGACACUUCGCAACGAUACUUCUUCUGCAAAUAAAUUUUACAGUGCUUGUAAUGACUCUUCACUCCAGGGAGCUCGUUCUGUACCUAGGGAGUCAGCUGUUACGAGUUCACUUUCAUUGGACUCAUCGACUGCCUUUCUUGUUCCCAGCUCUUCAUCGUUUUUCUCACAGUUUCUCAUAAAGCCAUUAGGCGAUAGCCGAGAGCGACUUAGAUUCUUAAGUGCUUCGCAAAUCUCCCUGGUGCGUCCAUAACUCAAUAGCGUAGGCUCUGGCACCAUUUGUUCUAUAACACAGCUUUUUAAGUUUAACGCGUGUAGUUCUUACGCAAUCCUUGACAAAAACUUGAAAGGAAUCAAGCUUUGAAAUAUUAUGUGACGUAUCGUAGAGUUCCAAUUUUUCAGCAUCACAGGGGUCUAUUCUUUAUAAGUAGCUAUUCACUUUCACAAGGAAAUCGAAGUAAAGUAUAAAAAACUCGUGAAUUAGCAGAAUUUUCAUUUUUCGACUUCGAACGUUUGCGCUAUGUCGCGCCAUAUCAGCGCGCCUGCUCAUACGGAAGGCAAUCGUCAACGGUCACCCAUGAGCAAAUAGUAGACGCUGAAGUGACCAAUAGAGGGGCGCUUUACUUAAGUUGUGUUGAUGGGUUAAUAAAACAUGAAACUUUAGGCAGUGAAGAUUACACCCUAAUCUUUGAGGUUAUUUUUAUGUAUCCUACAAGAACAAAUGUAGUUGAACUAUGCCCAGUUGAAAGGUAAUACCGUUUUUCCGUGCUGAAAUCAGAUUAAAGAGUCAUUGUGUAGUGUAAGGUUAUCUCGCAGCUUGAACCGAGCACAAGGAAAUCCAAACUAAGCGAUCCAUCUUUACCAAUAAUCCAUCGCUAAAUAAGAAACUGCAAAAUUGAGCGUAAAGUAGGAUAGCUUAUAUCCCGUUAGUUUCGCAAACGUGUGAUUCAACUUUAAACAUUUCAUUUGUAAUCACGCUCUUUGGAAUAGACGAUGCCUGUACUACAUGUCGAAACCGUGCUCUGAUAAUUGAAAUGAAAUGAGGCCUAGAUAAAGCGAUUAUCAGACUCUCCCUCAGGCGAGGGACAGGGUUAGGAAUAAUGAAAUAAAGUCACCUAAAAUGGGAGAGGUUGGCGGAUCCACGUGGUAGUGUGUAUUAGAUGGGGGAUAAAAAAGAAGGUUUCCAAAACUAUACAGGCUGGAAACCAUACUAUCGUACUACAUAGAAGUCGCUUAAAAUCACGUUUUUUUCCUACCAUUUAAAGAUUGCCCAUCUAUUCCUUUUCAAAUUAGUGAGCUUAAUUUGCUGCUAGCCAGCUUGAUAUUCCCUUUCUGUUAUAGCGCAAUAUCCCAAACGACCGAUAAAGAAGGAACACAAUUUAACGGACGGUAUAGAUGGGGACCGUGAGAGGAAUAAAAUACAUCAAUCUACUGAAUACACAAUCUUCAUGAAAGAAACAAUUUCUACAUUUUCUCAAGUUCACAGGUUCUCACGUUCAAAAGCAUUGGUGAAAAUUAAUUUUGACACCUACUUUCUGCCUAAUAAAGUGUAUAUACUCCUAUGGUUUAACUGUGGUUUGUAUUAAAUUUUAAUUGAUCAACUUGGUUGAUCCCAGCACUAGAAAAUUAAAUCCACCAACUUAAAAUGAGUGUAACAGUAAGCAUAGCGCACGGCCAUUUUUUGUACCAAAAUUUAUUUAAUUUCGACGCUUUUAAAUGGGAAUUUCCCUUUGAGAAAAAUCUAGCGAAAGUGGCACUCUUGUAACCCGCAGUACAGUCAAAGGUGUAUGUUGGUCAAAUGGUUGCCAAGGAUAACGAAAAAAGCUAAAAAUCUGAAACUUUGCAAGCAUAAAUAAAUGACAUGGAACUAUAUGUCGCGAAAGUUUUAGCUGUAAAUGUUGAAUAGCAUAGUCAUAGUGGACUUAUCAAGUUCAAAACUCCAUAUCAAGGGCUUAAAUUGAAUUGUCAAUCUUGACCACGGAUGAAAGGGCAUAUACAUUCACCUGAUUUUUUCAAACGUUCAUAAAACUGGUUUGUAAAUUGUGAGGGUGGUUGAGAGAACUUAGUGGUGUGUAUUAGCAAUCGAUCUAUCGAUUAAUUGCUGUGGAAUACGCCGAUCACCCUCUAAAAUGCAUCCUUACCCCAACAAGUGCCACAAAGGUUACAUUUCACGUUUGAAAAAAAAAAAACAGUAAAAUGCGUUAAUUCUUGUGAAAUUUUAACAUAACGCAAACAAAACAUUGAUACACCCAUCCACGCUUUAGUUACGACUUUUUCAGCAUUCUUCAGCGAAAUAUUACUUCAGAGACAAAAGGUUACAAAAGUGGUGCACUUUACAUCUAAGGGCAGAGUUAUCGGAAAAUCGUAUUAUUUGAAAAUUUAUUCCGGCCGAGUAAGUUGAAAAAUUAGGAACUAAAGGGUAUGAAAAACAAAUCAACGUCUGAAUAGGUUAUAUGCUAAAUAUUUUUUUUGACAGUGGAGGUUUUUUCUUGAUAGAGGAUAGAUAUAAUAUAUUCAAGAUGUUUUUUCUUUGCUCAGAUCCAACGGUUUCAUCUACAAAUGUCUCAGGAGGUACAGUUAAUUGAUAUGUUAUUAAACUUAAUAGCUCAUAAUUAUCUCAUAUGUAUUUUUGUAUGUGUGAUCAACCCUAUUUUUUACCUUGCUCAAGGCGUCCAGUUGGUAAAUCGGAGUGAAAUAGUCAACGGCGCGAAUGGAGGUCGUGGUAGCGGAGUGAAAAAGCGUGGGAGGCUUGGGUCGGGUCACACCGAAAAAGCGCGGGAGGCUGGGUCGGGCCACACUGGAAAGCGUGGGAGGCUUGAGUCGGGUCACACAGGCGCGCGUCAAUUUCCUUUACCACCUCCUUUGUACCCUGUUGGUGACGACUGAUCACCUCGCCGUUCUCUUGGAAAACCAUGUAAUCCCCCCAAAAUCCUUCGAAGCCCCCUUUCCCCCUUCCCCCCCUACCCCCGGUUAGGCGAGAAAUAAUAACUGGUCGCGCUACUUCGAUUUUACUUAUUUUUAUUUGUCACUUUUUACAGCUGUGAAGCCCCACUUUCUGUAUCCAGACAAAAUGGCGGAGGCAAAAUUAGAAUAUACGGAGAGAGAAAAAUUCCAACUACUAUGUGACGCCAAAGGAACACCAACUCCGACGGUCACGUGGUACAGGGGUAAAGAAAUAUAUCGUGGUCACAGAUCUGACGAAACGAUAACACCAGGGCAUUAUCACUAUAAUAUACAUUUUAGCGGGGUGGAUGUCGCAGACGGAGGAAAUUACACGUGCGUUGUGAAAAACUCAUUUGGUACUUUGACUCAUUCGUACGUCUUUGACGUGAAGGGUAAGUGACGAACGGCGACGACUUGUAAUAGAGGUUCGCGCUAACGUUCUGUCGCAACCUCUCGUAAUCUCUAAUUUACUACGUGGGAUCUGUGAAAAUAGGCUCGGUAGUGGUAACGAUAGUUUGAGGUAGACCUUUUACCGAUGUAAUGUUUGACGCAAUCAAUUAUUGAGUUACGUUUGUUUUUUUUGGAUAGGUCGAUUUAGUCAACCACUUAUAUGUGUCAAGGUGGCUUUGUUCCCCACCGUAACUACCGAGAAUCAGGACGUGUGAGCGCGAAGGCGCGUGGGCGCGUGGCGCAUGUUGUUCUGGUCCAAGGAUUGAACAAAUUACAAUCGAACCUGUAUUAAGCAGCAAAGUAUUAAACGGUCACCCUGUAUUAAGCGGUCGGUUGUCGAAGACCCGAAUUUGUUUCCCUUUGAUCACUGUAAUUUUUACGUCUUUAAGCGGUCACCUCUCUUAAGCGGUCGUGGUCACCUUAGAGUAAGUCACAACGGCCUGCUUCCAUUAUCCUCCAGCUGUGUUGAACGAUCACUAAAGCGGAACUACUCAAAUAAAACUAAGAAUAUUCUUUCAACUAAAAGUUGAUCCAUAUUUCUCUCCCGAAAUCAAUUUUUUUAAUAUCUUUGAGCGAGUUUUUGUACAUCAAGAGGUUAGUUAUGGCAUAUAACGACGUUUAUUAUAGUAGUCCUUUUCUGUGGAACCUGUAUUAAAGCGGUCAACCAGUACCAAGCGGUUACCAUUUCCCGUGGGUGACUGCUUAAUGGAGGUUUUACUGUAUAUGCCGGGAAUGGGUUUUAACGGGCCGGUCUUUUGACCAGUUUCUUGGAUUCAUGCCUACGCAUGCGCCAGUCGUAAUCUAGCCCCCCUUACCUGAUUUAACUUUAUGCUCAGGAAUGUGGCUCAAAGUAUCACUGCAAAUUCAACUUGCGGUAUCCGCGAUUGCCGUGAGAUGUUCACAUCUAAGCUGGUACCCAUUUCAGUGGUCGACAAUUCAAUUGAUAUGAUAGAAAUAGCCGAGUUUACUUCAGUGGGAUACGCUUUAACCUGUAAAACGAUUUUCCUUACCAAUGGCCAACCGCCAUAAAAAUGAAACAUUGGAUGACAAGAAAGUCUCUAUCGGAUUGUGUUUUAACGUUUAUCUGGCUUUUACUCUGUUUUGUCUUUUUUCAUAGAGUAUAUUCGAAGUCUUCCUCAGAUCUUAUCUGUUUGGGAACAGAAAAAACCUGAAUAUGCUGGAACCGAUUUGCAGAUGCGCGCCAUUGUCCUUUCCAAGAAUAUCAAUACGAAAUUCUUUUGGUAUUUCAGCAAAAGCUUUGUUCCAGAUGAAACCAAUCUAGGCACUUUAAUAAACCAAACUUUGUUUGAAAGUCGUCUGGAGACGCCGUCUCAUAAGGCUGCAUCGUGGCUAAAAUGGAAGGUAGUCCUGAAUUUGAAAAAUCUUUCUGUGGCUGAUUCGGGUUCAUAUUGGUGCCAGGCUGAAAAUAUCGUUGGAACUGUUCAACGUCAGACUUCGCUUAAAGUGACUACAAGGCCCAUUACACCAUCUCCUUCAGGUAAGAAGUGAUUGAGUAAGCAUGUUGAAACAAGAUUUUUGACCGUUCUUUGUUACGACGACUUCAAUUACUGAUAACCUGUAGAUAUUCAUUCGUAACUUGCUGUUUCGCGACCCUCAGAUCAAACCAACUACUUACUAUUUGUGGUCAGAUCCCCGAGUUUACGCUGAACUACCUAUUGAAAUUUGUCUCGCUUCGUAGCUCAAUAGGUAUGAGCGCUCAUCUGAUAUUUGAGGGUAGGUCUGUCCUGAUUGUGUUCAGCAACAUUUGAGCAACUUUUGGCGUUUGGAGAAACUUAUUGCGGUUCUAACAACCUCGAGGAAUUCUUGCCUUUCUCAACAAUUUUUGAGCAAAAUAUAAGUUUAGAGCACUUAUAAAGGACGAAAAAGUCAAUGAUUUCAUAUAAAACUUUAAUUUAUACGAAUUUCAUAAAUCGUUUGUUAACCUUUUGAACACAAAAUUUGUCACGUGACAACAUUUCGCAGGCUUAUUGAGAUCCUUAUCUAAGAUUUUAGGAGAUAAUCGGCUAAAAUGACUUUUGUUCCGUUUAACUAAAGAGUAUUCUUAAAUUUCGCCCAUGUUUGCGAGCAACCCUUUGAAGCUGAGUUUCUUGACCGAUGUUGUAAGCAAUUAUUGUCAAGGCGAAAAAUAAGGCUUUAAAUUAACAUUUAUAUAUAGAUAUCAACAAAUUUUAGGUAGCAACUUUUUGGAAUUUUGGCAAUUUUUAAGCAACUUUUAGCAUUUCAGUGAGCAACUUUCUAGUGUUUUUACGAGCAUGAUCGGGACAGGCCUACGAAGUAUUUAGUUAUGCCCUGAUUUUAAUUGUGGUCGAGUUGUGAAGAUCAUUUCGACAUUAGCAGGUCAUUUCUGUGGCCUAUUUUAAAUUUGUAUUUUAAGAAAAAGGUUUAAAUGUUUUUUGAAGUAGUGCUGGGGGAAAGGAGGGAAUUCAUUCAAGAUGGAGAGAUAAUUAUGUUUGGUUCAUUCUUGUGUAGGUUCUACUGUUAGCCUGACAUCCAUCAGUUCUGAAAUUGAAGCAGUUACGCAGACGUCAAUGGGUUGGACUGAUAGAAUAAGGUACCCGGUGGCUGUAAUCGCAGUUCCAGUGGGCGUGGUCGCUCUCUUGAUCAUAGCUUCCGGUCUCUUUUAUUGGCAGGUGAAGAAAGGCCGAGCGAGCUCGUCCGCAACGAUGAAAAGCCGACGCAACAUCGGUUCACUUCAAGCGAAGUACGUAGUCCAGUCAAAUGAGUACGUUAUAGUGCCAGACCUAAAAGGACUUGGGAAUGAUUUUGGCACCAACUGAUUGUAGAUAAAAAGCCUCAUAAAAGAGGAACUUCAAAAGUAAAGUUAAAAGAGAAAAAAGUCCGAGGGGGGCAAAAAUAACGGCAAGACAUCUAAAAUUGCCUGACUAGAAGAGCAGUUAUCACUUUGUUACAUCUAUUUGGAAAUCGCAAAAUACAGUCGCUCAAAUAUAGAUUAUUUCAGUCUCUACAAAUAUUUUAUUGAUUCAGUGAUAAGCUGGUUUGGAAAAAGUUGUAAAAGCUGUCUUUAAUUUUCAUUGCGAUUUGAUGGAUUUCUUUAAAUAAGCCUUGAAUGAUUGAUGUGUUUUAAUAAAGUUGUCUCAUUGGCAUGGAAAAAGAUGCGAUUUAGAACAUAAAGUGGUGCGAUUCGUGGAUAAAUCGCACGAUGAGAGCGAAUCAGAUUGCAAGGAUCACAACUGAUUUCAAAACGGAUGUAACAAACAUAGUAAAUUAACCAUGAGCAGAAUUUCAGUUUAGCAGAAUAAAUGAAUAAAACCGCAUACCCUCAAAGAAACACUAAAGGGUUUGUCAGGCUUUGUUCAAAUUCAAUUCUUCAGUUCAGUUUCGAUUAUUUUUUUUCUACAACCGUCGAUGGGAAAGGAUCAACGUUUUAGUUGUUAGAACCAGUUUCCUUACCGAAGGGACCGCUCUUUUCUGCAGCAUGUUUGAUCUCGUCACGCAACGAUGGACGGCUUCAAGGAGAUGUCAGUAGGAAACGGUUCUCACACCUUGAGUGUUUUUUCUUUCACUUAUUUCCUCGUGCGUUUCAAUUUCAUCCAUAAUUAAAAUGUUAUUUUUGAUUAAUUUUGGUUGAAAUAAAGUACCUUGUGG